AUGAAACUCUCCAUUUCCUCCUCGAGAAGUCUUUCACAUCGUUUACCAAGGAAAUCAGCAACAUAUUUUCGGAAUUAUAUAUUAAAUUAUAGCAAUAAUAUUCAUCAGCAUAGUAGUAAUAAUAAUAUUAAAUGUAAUAAUACUAGUUUAAUAUUUAAUGUUGGUGAUGGUGAUGGAAUGAGACAUUAUCACUCAUCGGAAUUGAAAUUAAAAUUCGCUGAUGAUUUAAAAACAUUCAAAUCCCAUAGAAACUCUUCUCCAAAUAAUAAUUUAAGCAAGCCUAAUAUUACUACUAAUACUUCAUCAAUUACAUCUAAUACAAGCAAUGCCACUACUACUAGUACUUCUAUCAAAUCCAAAUCUAAUCUUCGUACGAGUGGAGUUUUUGUUAGGAAGGAAAUUAGUCAUGAGGAAAAUUUGCUUAAUAUUCAACAAAUGAAAUUGCAAAUUGAAGAACAAUUGAAAAAGAGUAGGAAAUUGCAACAGGAAGCUGUGGAUAAAAAUCAAUUGGAAAAGUCGAGACGUGAGUUGGGAAAGGAUUUGGAAUAUGUGAGGGAAUUAUUGGCUAGUAAUGAGCAGGAAAAAGCUGGAGUUUUCUUGUUGAAUAGAAUUAUGGCUCCUGGAAAUAAUGUACUGUGUGAUGAAAUGUUGAAUUUUUCUCUUGUGUUUGUUCAGUCUUUACUUCAGGGAUGGGCUUUUAAAACUAAGGAAUGGAGCGAAUGGAUUGAGAAAUUGAAAGAAAUUGAAGUUAGCAAAUUGUUAAAUGAAAUUAUUCAAAAGAUUAAUCCAGAACGAUUUGGAAUGCCGGAAAAAAGUACUGAAAUUCAACAAAUGGAUUUGAAAAAAGCAGUUCAUUCCAUAUUGACCAGUGAUUAUUCUGAUUUGAUCGCCAAAUCAUCAAUUAUUGAUUUGGAAAUUCAAAAGGCAUUUCUAUUAUUUUUCACAAAUGUUGUUAAUGAAAAUGUUCAUCCUAAUAUAACACUGAGCAAGGAACUUUUCUCUGGGUAUUGCUACACUAUUAUGCUCAAUGAACCACUUAUGACCACCGAUAAUAAUACUGAAAAAACCGUACUUCUCAAAAUGCUUAAUAAUGCUCAGGCCUUAUUCCAAAAAGCUCAUCUGAAUAACAAUGUCUUUGAUGAUAUUGGAACAGGAAUUCCUCUUAAUUUGAAAUCUUGUAUGAAUUUAUGUCAAAUAAUUUUGAACUCUGAUGGAAAAAACGAAAAAACAAUCGAGAUUACCAAAUCUCAACUUUUUGAAUUACAAAAAACUGAUCCUAACAAUCCAUACAUUACAUAUUUUAAUAUUAUUACACUAGAAAAGAGAGUUAAGUUCUUAUUAACUAAGGAUGUUACGAAAAAUCAAGUGAAAACAAAACUUGAAGAUAGUUUAACUCAAUGCAUUAACUUGUGCAAUCUAUUGGAAAAGAUGUUGAAGAGAUAUUCCGUGAGGAAAACCAGCUCUUAUUCAUUCAUGCCUAUUGCAUUACGACUUGCUUCAAUUCAUAGUUUGCACAUUGAUUACUACUCUAAAUCCAGAGACACUCUUCCUAAGGUUCAAGAAUCAGCCGCAGCAAUUAUUGAGCAGUUGAAUUCUCUUCAGGAAAUUUUCACAAAUUGUCCUCCUAGAAUUACGAGUAACCUUAUUACUCAAAGUAUUUUCUUAAGAAUGAGAGCUAAUUUUUACUUGAGAAAUCAUGCAGCCACUGCCGAAACCUUCAAUAUUCUAUUCUCCAUAAGACAUUUGUGUGAAUUUGAUCCAUACAUUGUUAAUAGCACAUCAUUUUACCUUGCUGGACGAACUGUCACAAAAUCUGCUUCAGAUGCCAUUCCUUAUCUACAAGAAUUGGAAUCAGAACAUCCUGAAUCAUUGGACAUGAAACUUUUACUCAUUAAUGCCAAGGACUUUGCAUUGGAAAACUCAAUUGUAACUAAGGAUUUAAUAAUCAACGUGACAGAAAACUAUAGAGGAUUACAAGCUCAAAUUGAAAAAGAAAAGCCAAAGAAUGCAGAUGCUCUCCUACACAAAAUCAAAACAAGAUUAACCUUCUUGGAAAAUUUACUAGGCUCUUCAACAACAAACAUUCUUAGAUAA